AAGGAUCCAUUGACGAGCACGAGCCUGAUGAACCCCAGUAAAUGGUGUAAUUGCAGCAUGUAGCAUCUCGCUCAAAAAAAAUCUUUAAGCCGUCUCGUUUUUUUUUGACGAUCGGGCAGAAAUCAAUGUGUUUCACUUUGAUUUUCCCAACGCGAUUUUCUCAGAAAUUAGAGAAACCUUCACGAGUAAAGUUUUAUUUUUUUUUAGUAUCAUGCGCUUGCGCAUAACCUUAGCCUAAGCAUGAAGUUUCCAAGUGGCAAUUUAGGCUUUUUCGGUCGCAUAGGAUAGAGCCUAUUUCAUAUUUCUCACUGUAUUUUGACUAAAGAAAAUUUGAUUGCAAAAAGAUGCAGCUGCGGCAUCCGCCGAACAUUCAGUCGGUGACCUGCCAUCGGCUAUGCAACCGAAAGAAGCUCAUAUUGGUAGGCAUAUUCGUGGCCCUAUACGCGGUAUGCAUCCAAUGGUCUUUUAUGACACUGGGGGAGCCACGCGAAUGGGCACUGGCGGAGCAGAGACGAAUCUUGAGGAAGAAGGCACAGGAUGCCAAAGACAAAGGUACACUUCUAGACGAUCAAUGUCAAAAGACCAGCAAAUGCGGAAAGUGUGCCUGUAAUUCCAAUGUCAAAAGUAGACCAAGUGAAAGAAGAUGAAGCAAGUUCAAAAACAAGUUGUAACAUAAGCACGAUAUUUUUAUCCACAUCACAUCACAACAGGCAUUAUCGUUGGUGAAGAUACGCAAGGGAGGAAAGGGAAGAAGAACGAGCUGAAAAUUAACGAGGACGAGCUUCCGUCAGAAUAUCUCCCCAAUGCGUUUUGCUGCCUCUUCAUCUUUCUCACUUUCGGCUUUAACAUUCUCGUCUUCCUGCUCUGCAAAUGGUCUCUGCGUGUGAAAACCGCGCUGUUCUAUGAGGCGAGCGACCAGAUCGACGAAAACGCAUUUUUGCUCGUUCUGCCGCUGAAGCAGAAGGGCAAACCGGAGCUCGCGAACGUGCAGGAACCGAAUUCCAACACGAACUACACCUUCGAAUUCCAGCACAUCAAAUACGAAAUUUACGACCCCGCUGACGAAGACAACAUCAAUGACGAAAACAACAGUAAACUGGUCGGGGACGGCGACUUCGCUUGCAAGCUCGUGCAGUCCUACGACGUGGGGCACGACAAGCAGUUUUACAAAGCUGCCCACGGGCUGCAGACGGAGGAGGAACUCGAGAAAAACUUGGAACUCUACGGGUCCAACGUGUUCGAGCUCCCGUACCCAACCUUCCUGCAGCUGUUCCAGGCACAGCUGCAGUCACCGAUCGUCUGUUUUCAGCUGAUGGCGGCCUUUCUCUGGGCGAUGGACACGUACUGGAAAUACACCAUGUUCACCCUGAUGACCAUCCUCGGGUUCGAGGCUUCCACCGCCUUCCAGCGUCUGAAGUCCAUCUCGCAGCUUCGCGGUAUGUCCGCAAGGCCCUACGACGUGUGGGUGUACCGAAGGAAUCGCUGGGUCGGCGGCGUGAACAUUACGGAGCUGCUCCCCGGUGACGUGUUGUCCCUGACGCCCAACCUUUUGUCCGUGAAGGACGUGGACCGGAAGCAGAACCUGAAGCAGAGCCAAGAGCUGAAAGACGCGUCCGAACUCGCGGUCGAGAAAAAGCAGCAGCAACCCGCCAGGACGAACACCACGUCCGAGAUCACCGUGCCCUGCGAUUGCGUUAUCAUCAAGGGCUCCGCCGUGGUGAACGAAGCCAGUCUGACGGGCGAGUCCGUGCCGCAGAUGAAGGACGAACUGCCGCCGACGGUGGAGGAUAUUCAGGAGCAGUUCGAGAUGCACGGCGCGGACAAGGUGCACACACUGUAUUCCGGUACGACGUUGAUCCAAGCGACAAACAGCAGCAAUGCCGACGUCGUGAAGAAGGACGCCCACGACAUGUAUUCGGACAUCAACGCCCCGCCAGACCACGGCAUCGUCUGCUACGUUCUCCGGACGGGGUUCAGCUCCUCCCAGGGCGAACUCAUGCGCAUGAUCGAAUUCUCGCAGGAAAACGUCGCGGGCGACAAGAAAGAAACGGCGCUCCAGUUGCUAUUUCUGUUCUGCUUCGCCUGCGUCGCCAGCGCAUACGUGCUGAAAAAGGUAUUACAAGCAUGUUUUUUGUAGAUGAUGAUGUGUGAAGUCAACAUGUGCAAGUCAGUGUUUGCUCAAGAGCAGCCUCACGAACGUCUUGCUCUGCUUCGCGAGCAGUUUUGCAUUCAUAGUGACACGACAGUUAGAUGACCUGCAGUCCAUCCAAACACACGACCCGGGCCCAGUUGUAAAGUACACCAAUCUCAACAGAAGAUGAUUGUCUUGACUCGCACCAAUAUAACAGGGCCUCGAAGACCCGGAGCGCCCUACCUACAAAGUCCUGCUCCGGUGCGUGCUGAUCAUCACGCAAGUCGUCCCGGCGUCAUUGCCGAUGCAAAUGGCCUUUGCCGUCCACACCGCGCUCAUGAGCCUGAUGAAGAAAGGGAUCUUCUGCACCGAGCCCUUCCGGGUUCCGGAAGCGGGAAAAACGGAGUACUGCUUCUUUGAUAAAACCGGAACCUUGACCAGCGACCACAUGUUGGGCACGGGGUUGGUGAUCCCAACCAACAGCAAGGACGCGCCGAGUGGAGCAGACGCGGACAAGAUCCUCGCGCACCCAUUGGACGCGCCGGCGGAGUAUAAGAAACACGUGAAGGCGAUGAAGGACCACGAGAACGCACCGGCCGCGUUCGUGCUCGGGGGUUGCACGGCCCUGAUCGAAGUCCAGAACAAGAUGUGCGGGGACCCGAUCGAGAUCGCAGCGUUGAAGGGCAUCGAAUGGAGCUACUGCAGCGAGUCGUCCACUGCCCAUCCGGGAACGUACCUGCAGAAGGAGCGCGCACUGAAGCAGGCAAAAGAGGUGGUGGAGAAGGAACAGGACCCAACAAAGAAGAAAGAAUUGAAGAAGGAUUGCGACGACUUGGAAAAGUCCUACGAACAGGAGAAGCAAAAGUCGAAACUCGCAGCCAUUCAGGUGGUCCAGCGUCACCACUUCGCGUCCAGUCUCCAGCGCAUGUCAACCGUGUGUAAGGUGACGGCGGAUACCAAAUCGGCGCAGGGGAAACAGAUGCUCAGUAGUGGCAUCUAUGCGUUUGUGAAGGGCUCGCCGGAGAUGAUGCUCAAGUUGCUGGAUAAAAAGCUGUAUGGUUUGAACGGGAAAAACGACGGUAGUUCUGCUUUCGAGAAAAACUACCUCGCGGCCUACCGCAAUCUCGCCGAACAGGGGCACCGUGUGCUUGCGUUGGGUUACAAGAGAUUGUCGCAAGAUCCGAACCAGUCCAAGAAAUUCGAGAAAACAACCCGACAGCAAGUUGAGGCAGAUCUGAUUUUUGCGGGAUUCUGUAGCUUCAAGUGCGAAACUCGGAGGGAUUCCAAGCUGGUGAUCCAAAGUCUCAGCGCCUCGUCGCACACCUGCAUCAUGUUGACCGGUGACGCAGCCCUGACCGCAUACUCAGUAGCCAAGGAAGUCGCGAUUGCAAAGCAUGCAAGUAUUUUUUCUGUUUGCUAAAACUCUUGCAAGGCAUAAACAUGGCUAUCCCGCCUAAUUGCACUUAUUCACCUGUGCCGAAUUUUGUAUAUUGUGAACUGAAAAAUGGAUUUCGAAUUUCAGCUGCUAACUCAGGCGACGGACUUUUUCAAUUCCGAGGACAAGUUACAUCAGACUAUUACCGUUUCACACGACAGGUUCUAAGGCCCUGAUUCUUUCAGAGGACGGAGCCAAGUGGCAACCGGCUAUUUCGAAUCCCACCAAGGAGCAGCAAGAGGAUGGAAAGGAAGGUAGCUCCUCGAGUAGUUCUUCAAAACCACAAAAGGAUAUCGCGUUCACGGACCCAGAAGAGCUGGCUGAGCUUCACUCGAAAAACCACGACUUGGUACUCACCGGAAAGGCGCUCCAGAGCGCAAUCGAGAAGUACGGAGACGCCAUGUGGGACAACUUGCGCCACGUUUGUGUCUUCGCGCGGUUGAGUCCACAGCAGAAAGAGGAUAUCAUCCGCUCGAUAGGCGGACAUCAUUACGACGAACCUGGGAGGGAAGGUAAAUGUCUUCUGCUCUUCAUGCUACAGCUGGAGCAUAUUCUUGCCUACACCAACAUAUGAUAGUCAUGUCGAAUACGAAUGUUACAUGUUGGAGUUGCCGAAGAUCAUGUUGCAACUGGACGCGCGCGACUUCUAUGGCGGCGGCAUGUUCUUGUGCAAGUGUUGAUAAUGCCAUGCCUGGCUACCUGAUCUUUCGACGUUUCUACUCCUAUUCACAAUAUUUCACAGCCCGCGCUAAGAAGGAAGUGCCGCACCAUACGUUGAUGUGCGGUGACGGUGGCAACGACGUCGGCGCCUUGAAACAAGCCGACGUAGGUGUCGCGCUCCUGUCCGGUUUCGGAAAUGCGAACGUCGAUGUGAAAAAGAAAAAGCAGGCGGCGCCAGACGACUUCUUCAGUAAUCUAUUCGGGUCACAGGAAGACGAAGUAGACGAAGAGGCGAAGCAGCUGGCACUGCAAGGAAAAACCGCAGAGGAUGAGCUGGCGAGGCUUCGGGACGAGGAAGACAAAAAAAACGCGACGAUGAGGUCGAAGAUGCAGGAGGACUUCAAACGUAUGUUCUGUUUGUUGAUGGUUUUUUUAAUGCGUGCUCCACCGAAAAAUACGUUAGAUCGGCUACGCUGUAUUCAGUUGACAGUGCUGUCUGUUUGUCCAAAAUUGACCUGAUCAGAAAUUAUUCGAAAUGCUGUUCGAACGUCCCUCUGAUCUUCUUGUGAAUGAUGACACGAAGUAUUUUGUCACUACCGCGCCUACCGCACCUUGUGUGUGGGCAUGGGCGAGACACUUCUUCAUGGGUAAUUUGCGUCUGACGAAAUUAUACCAAGCUACUUCGCGAAAUGAUAAUGAUAAUGUCGAUGGUCGUGCUGGGGAUCACAAAAAAUAUGUGAAUUCCGGGUCAGGUAGGAUCACUCAAAUUUUGUUCUUCCGAAGCAAGAAAAAUGUACGUCGUCGGUCCGAAGAUCCGAAGUGAAGUGUUACUCUGUAAAAUUCCGGGCCAUUCGCAUUCCAGGUAAGCAAAUGGGUAUGUACGGGCGCCAGCAGAAAUACGUGGAGGAGGAAAUGAACCGACGGAAGCAGGCCGGCCUGGACACCGGCCUGCAAGCACACAUGCAAGUGAUGAAGGACGUGAUGGCGCGGAUGCAAAGAGAAAUCGAGCACGAAAAGCAGCAAAUGCAGAAAACCUCGGUGAAUGCCAUGUCCGGGAUGGACAAGUGGACCGAAGCCAUGGAACAGGCGGACGAGCAGGUGGCGGUAAAACUGGGCGACGCCUCCAUGGCGGCGCCGUUCACCUCCCGAACCCCCUCCAUCCAAGCAGUGGUGGACAUCAUCCGCCAGGGUCGGUGUACGCUGCUCUCGGCGGUGCAGCAAAUGCAAAUUAUGAUGCUGGACUCCAUGAUUUCCGCCUACUCCCUGUCCGUCAUGUCCGCGGACGGCACGCGGCCGAGCGAGCAGCAGAUGAUGGCGUCGGGGACUCUGCUUUCCGUCGCGGCGAUCGCUUUCAAUUUCGCGAAACCGCUCGACCGCAUGCACCCGGUUCGACCCCUCCGUUCGGUCUUCCACCCGGCGCUGUUUUUCAGUCUGCUGGGCCAGCUCGCGAUCCACCUGGUCUGCAUGGUGUACGUGAUGAAUUUGGCGAAGGAAGCGAUGGGCGAGGAAGAGCUGCAGGCGGUGCUGAAAUUCGAGAAGGAGCGAAACGACCACAUCGACGCCAUGGAGGAAGAAGACAUGAACGACGUGUGGUGGUUCACGAAAGUGCCCUUCAAACCGAACCUGCUGAACACCAUGGUGUGGCUCGUGGAGGUCUCGCAGCAAAUCUCGGUCCUCUUCGUCAACUACAAGGGCAGACCGUGGAUGCGGGGCAUGCUGGAAAACCAAGCGCUCUUCUUGAGCUUAUUUGGCUGCAUGGCGCUCGUCUGGGUCUGCGCUACCAACGUCGUGCCACUGUAUAUAAAGUUUUUUUCAUCUUUGCCUUUGCAUUUGGAUUUGCUUUUUCCCUUAGGAUCUGAAUCUUUGCUGUACAAAAAGAUUGCAUCUGUAGUUUACUUAGUAUGUCUUCCCGCCGCGGCUGCCAUCCGCAUCCCAUUCACAAAACCCGCGAAGUUCAAGAAAAGUGCCUUAUCAUGAUGACACACCUCUUUGGUCCGUGUUUCUGAUUCAGCUUCGGCUGAUGCGGAGAACGUGAGCUAAUUGUUUCAAGACGGGUCUGAUCGGAGAUGGGGAAAGUGCAUUUUGAUAGAGCUCGUUCUCGUGCAGUUCGCAAAGAACAUUUUAUGCGGUUCGUUGGGCAAAAACUCGCUUUUCUCUGAUAGCGUGCGUUUUUAAUCAACGCAACCUAAAAAAAAACGAACACCGAGAUUAAUCCCAGAAGUGCGCUGCCCUAUCGUGUCUUCUGUUUCAUGACUCAGUGACAUGCAAAAUCGACUUUUGUCACAUCUUCGAAGCAUGUAGUGCCGCUCGAGCUAUGUCAAUUUCAAAUGAUGAGACGUCUCAUUGGUCCGUGUUUCUGAUCACUUGCGAUGAGAACACGAGCUUUUUGUUUCAAGACGGGUCUGAUUUUUUUGCUCUCACUUCCACGAGCUUGUCACGACCUGAAAAAAUUUAAAGCCUUCUGCAAGGAACUCCCUCUCAUGGUCAAUCUAGUUUCCAAUGAUCAACAGGAACAGACAAAUACCAUACAUUAACAGCGUAAACGACACCCUGAAGCUGGUCGAGAUUCCGGCGGACCUGCGCUUUUCCAUGAUGUCCAUGCUCUUCCUGUCGUUAGGCGGCGCCUUUGUUUGGGACCGGUUGAUGCACGCCAUUUUUGCACCGCAAAUUUUCCAAGUGAUGUGGGAAAACGUGGUGACCACAACGUGGAAGGAUCUCUACCCAGUGGCCAAAACUGUGGGUAUGGUGCUCGGCGGCUUGCUGGUGCUCGGCACUGGCAACAUCCUCACGCUCGGUGGCUUUUAUUGGCUUUACCGCCAGCACAAGGCUUCUCAAAAUGCCGCUGCAGCGGGAACAACCACUGGAAGCGGGAGCGCCCCGGCUCCAGCUCCUGCUGCAGGAGCGGUAAAAAAGUGAUGCCGCUUUCCGUUGCCGGUAGGCGUUUCCUUCGACACACGACCCGAUAAGCGAUUCGUAGCAUCAAAGUAGCGCCAACGCGUCGGUUUUUUUCUCUUGCCCCCCAGUCCCGGUUUGUGAUUGCUCACAUGCAUGUGGGGAGGAGUGGCGUAUUACAUACAAGAGUAAACUCCUGAACUACAUUAUUUGUCGUCCCAAGAGCAGUGCGCAAUUGCGAUUGCCUUUCGUCAACGAAAUGCGCUUGAGUUAAAAACUUUCUGUCUGAACGAAAUUACAAUUAGCGAGCGACAAUAUCCCAGUAAAAAGUAUCACAUCUUCAUCAUAAUCUUCACCUAUGCAGACGCGUUUCUACAAAGCUCGUUCUUUACCCUCCUGGAGGCCGUCGUUCGCGUUUUCAGCAAAGAU